AUGGCCCAGCCCAUGUCGUACAAGGAGGCGCUCAACGAGCUCGACGACCGGCGCAUCAAGAGCAUCAAGCCCCUCCUCCCGCCCCAGAUCCUCGUCGAAGACUACCCGCUCUCGCUCAAGGCCGCACAGACCGUCGCGUCCGGUCGCAAGGCCACAGAGGAAAUCGUCAGGCAGGAGGAUGACCGCCUCCUCGUCGUCGUCGGCCCCUGCUCCAUCCACGACGUCAGGGCCGGCCUCGAGUACGCAAAGAAGCUCGCAGAAUACGCAAAGACGGCAAAGGCGGACCUUCACAUUGUCAUGAGAGUCUACUUUGAAAAGCCCAGGACCACCGUCGGAUGGAAGGGCCUCAUCAAUGACCCCAACCUCAACGGCUCGUUCCAGAUCAACAAGGGCCUCCGCCUUGCGCGCGGCUUCCUGCUCGAGGUGGCCAACCUCGGCCUGCCCGCCGGCACCGAGUUCCUCGACACCAUCUCGCCCCAGUACACGGCCGACCUCAUCUCAUGGGGCGCCAUUGGCGCGCGCACCACCGAGUCCCAGGUGCACCGCGAGCUCUCGUCGGGCCUCUCGAUGCCCAUCGGCUUCAAGAACGGCACCGACGGCAGCAUCUCGAUCGCCGUCGACGCCAUCAAGUCGGCCUCGUCCGAGCACGUCUUCCUCUCGGUCACAAAGCAGGGCAUCUCGGCCAUUGUCGAGACCAACGGCAACGACGCCUGCCACGUCAUCCUCCGCGGCGCAAACACCGGGCCCAACUACUCGCCCGACCACGUCCGCGACGUCUCGGCCAAGCUGGCAAAGGGAUCGCUGCCCCAGCGCAUCAUGAUUGACUGCUCGCACGGCAACAGCGAAAAGAAGCACGAGAACCAGAUGAAGGUCGUCGACUCGGUCGUCGAGCAGCUCGGCGCCGGGACAGACGAGAGCUGCCACAUCUUUGGCGUCAUGAUUGAGAGCAACCUGCAGGCGGGCAAGCAGAGCAUCCCCGCCGAGGGCCCCACGGCGCUGCGCUACGGCCAGUCGAUCACCGACGCCUGCAUCGACUGGCAGACGACCGUCGAGGCGCUCGACAAGCUGCGCCGGGGCGUCCAGACCCGGCGGCAGAAUGCGCCCAACGCCUUCCGCGCCAGGAUGAGCCGCAGCUCGAGCUCCGAGGGCGUCAACGACCACUUCCUCAAGGCCGGCUCGCAGGAGGCCAACCAGGGCUUCAACGACAGCGUCCUCCCCACCCUCGGCAGGAGCUGA